CUGAGGGCUGUGAGGAGAUGCCUGGUGAGGGGAGACAGAGGCAGGGAGACCCCUUAGAGCAGAAGGGUGGGAGGAGCCAAGUGCCCUGGGUGAUGGCUGGUGUCUCCUAACUGCCCUGCAGCCUGUGGUUGGUUUGCCUUCCCUACUUCUCUUUUUGUUUUCUGGUUUUCCCCAGUUUAAGCAAAGAAGGAAAUUCGCAAACAUCAAGGAGCGGCUCCCCCUUCUUGUUCCUCCUCUGCCUGUGUCUUAGUAUCUGGAAUCCCUCUGUAGGGUCUGUGGCUGAGAGAUGUCUGUUUUGCGCCAUCCCUGUCUUGGGGUGCCUACCCUCUGGUUAAGGGAGCUGUGCCUGAGCAGUCGGGUUGCCAGCAAAUCAUAAAAAUUGCCUGUCACCAAGGGACCUGCCAAAGGAGGGAGACCCUGGGAACUACAAGACCCACACAAGUGAACAGCUAGAGACGUGCUGAGGGUCAAAAUACUCUCCCAGCUCAGAGAGCGGGGAUCAGUGAGCCCUGUCUACCCCACACAGCUGGUAGGUGGAGAAGGUGGGUGGCCAAGGGUUUUUGCUUUAGCCUCAUGCUCCAGACAUGGCCUUGGAGAAGGAGGACCUGGGACACGGUCAUGGAACACCGUCGGAGUCUCCUGGAUUGGCUGUGGGGGAGCAGUCCACCCAGAGAACUCUGGGAUUUUCUCAGGUGGGGGGGGAGGAUGUGGAGUCUGGACCCCAUUUUCCUCGCACCUCCAGGGCUCUAGACAGUAGUUUGUUGUCGACCUGACGUCCAUAGCACCCCUGAGGGCUCAGCGUUUCAGGGAAUUCCCAGGCCCUGCAGGGGACUCAGGAGGCUCCCGUGACCUCAGAGACCCCGUCUGGCCCUCCCCCGGGGGCGGGGCUCCAAGCGCCCGGGCUCAACCCGGGCCCCCGAGGGCCACUGAGUCUGCACCUGUUCGGCCCCGGACGCGCCAUGGGACAACUGAUGGCCAAAUUGAUGGGCAUCUUCGGGAAACAGGAGCACAAGGUUAUCAUCGUGGGCCUGGACAACGCGGGAAAGUCCACCAUCCUCUACCAGUUCCUGAUGAAUGAGGUGGUCCACACGUGUCCCACCAUUGGCAGCAACGUGGAGGAGGUUGUCCUGCGAAAGACCCGCUUUCUCAUGUGGGACAUCGGGGGCCAAGAAGCUCUGCGCUCCACCUGGAACACAUACUUCUCCAACACGGAGUUCCUCGUCCUUGUGAUUGACAGCACGGACCGGGACCGGCUGCUGACCACUCGGGAGGAGCUGUAUAAGAUGCUGGCCCACGAGGCUCUGCGAGAUGCCUCUGUCCUGAUCUUCGCCAAUAAGCAGGAUCUGAAGGACUCCAUGACCACCGUGGAGAUCUCCCAAUUCCUCACCCUGAGUGCCAUCAAAGACCACCCAUGGCACAUACAGGGCUGCUGUGCCCUCACCGGGGAAGGGCUGCUUGCUGGGCUCCAGUGGAUGCAAUCUCGGGCCACUGCCAGCUGAUGUCCCAGUCGGAGGCCACCAGGAACUUCGGGGUUAGCGUGGACUUCUGGGGUGGAAAACCCAAGUGACUAUUUAUUACUGUUCUACGAUUCUCUGGUGGGAGCAGGGGCAGCUAUGGACAGGGAGAAGCCGCUGCCCACCUAACUCCCCACAGAGGAGCUAGAGAGACUGUAUACUCUGAAUUGCCGCAGACAGGACAGCAGGUACAGCUGCCCCUCACUCCACGGAAGCAGGCGUCCUUCAAGGAAACGUUGGGUGGAUUAGGGAGUGGAGCCUCUUCCCCUCAGUUCUGUAGGAAAAAUGGAGGGGCAGCGUAAGAGAGGCCUUUUACCCCCCCUAC